CAUAGCAACAUACUCAUUGACACAGCGAAGUUGGAGUUCACGUUUGCAGGUCCACACAUUCAGCAGUUAACAGGGAUGGUGGCGGAGGAGAUUGUGGUGUCCCUGUCAGGAGGGCCGCCUUGGGGAUUCAGGCUACAGGGUGGAUCAGAGCAGCAGAAGCCGCUACAGGUGGCGAAGGUCCGCCGCCGAAGUAAAGCCUGCAGAGCUGGACUGAAAGAGCAUGAUCAGCUGGUUGCCAUUGAUGACCAUCCCUGUGGAGAGCUCAGUCAUGCACAAGCCAUGAAUCUUAUUGAUGCACAGACGACAACGCUCAUCCUGAAAGUUCAAAGGACUCCCUCAGGCUUCCACCCCUCUCAUUUUAGUUCGUCCUUACUGAGGGUCUUGUCUCCCACCACUGUGGUCCACCCCAAUGGCAUCACAUCUCCUCCAGACAGUGAGGCCUACUAUGGAGAGACAGACAGUGACGCAGAUACGCAGUCGCACACCUAUCGGCAACAGCGCCGCCGCACAUCUCCUAAUGCCCGAUCACCAUCCCGCUACGACAACCAGGAGGAGGACACAUCGGAAAUGAGCGGGUACGAGAGUGCCAAUGACAACGGGCUUUCAUCACUGGGCUCGUGGACUCAGGGCGUCCCUCGCCGAGAAUUUCUCUAUGAUACACUAAAAACUGAGUGGACCACUCCAGCACACACCCCACACACUUUGACCCCUCACACUCUCACCCCGCCUCCUGACCACGGUCUGGUGGAAGCAGAGGGAGAAGGUGAUAGUGGGUUCCAGGAGGCUGGGGUGAGUGUUGUGUACCCCCCUUUGGUGUCUCCUGAGAGAGCCAAAGAAGCUCUAAUGCUGGGAUCUGGGAAGCAGCUGGUGCCCAUGGUUGGACCUCAGCAGAGCCCAAAGAACGACGAGCUCUCCACCACCUACAUGGAUAAAGCACGACAAGCAAAAUUGCAUCGUAGUGAAAGUGUCGUGGAGAAGCAGGUGAAAGAAGCUCGCACCAAAUGUCGCUCAAUUGCCUCCUUGCUGACUGACGCUCCAAACCCCAACUCUAAAGGGGUGUUGAUGUUCAAGAAACGCAGGCAGAGGGCCAAAAAGUACACUCUGACCUGCUUUGGCAAAGCGGACGGUGACAGAGGGGGAGACACGGGAGGAGAGACGGAGGAAGAAGGAGGAAGCUCGGUUCUGAGUGGCUCUGAAGUGGAAGAAGAGGGAUUUUCUUCAUCAUUUGACGCCACGUGGGAUAGUGGUUACUUAGACCUGUUAGACAGUAGAAGCUCUGCCUGCCCCUCAACUACACCGACCACUCCCACAACACCAACAACCAAUCACAGCCCAGGUCUCGAGACCCCGUCCUAUCAGACUUUAGGACUUGUCAUUUCUGAUCAUCAGAGCCCAGCGUUGGAUGGGUCAGGACUGGAAAGCAGCAACACCAGGCAGCCAGCCGCGCCUCAAGUAGCUCCAAAACCAGAAUACAAACCUCCUCAAGCCUUGACUAAUGGGGUGUCUACACCAGUUAGUAGAACGAAUAUGACUUUGAGCCCAUCCUCUCAAGCACCAAUGGAGAACAGCAAUCUCAACUCUGGUCCAAACCCUAGAAUCAAUCUGCAUACAGACCACAACAAUGCAGCCGUCCUGAAUCGCACUGCUCGCCCAUUCGCACCCGGCCCCAGCCCUGCACGCACCUCCAUCACAUCAGUGAUGUUUCGUCCUCCACAACCCAAACCAGUGGCUGCCAUUCCAGCAAGCCAACCUGUGGCAGCUGUCUCCAUGAUGAGUUUGACGCCUGCUCAGCACCCAUCAGGCGCAGACGCAAGGAGAGUGGUGUCUAGUACGUCCCUGUACAUUCCUCCAAGGAAUAACAACUGCAACAGCCACCCCUGUGCUGACUCUCCAAACCCCUCAAUGCCUCAUGCUCCCCCUUCAACACCACUGUCACCUUCAGCUUCUCUAGCGUCUUCUUUCAAUCAGUCACUUGCUCAGCCCUUCUCUCCUCCCCCUUCACAACCGUUUCACUCACCUUCUGUACCUUUUAAUCUUGCUCAACCGACUCCAUUCUCUGCUUCUCCCAAUUCAGCACAGCUUCCUGCCAAGUCAGUUCAAGGAACGCUUCCUUUCAAUCACACCUCUCCUCAUCUUCCAACUGCUUCAGUUCAGUCAACUCCUUCCCAAAUCAGCUCUAUGACUGCUGCAACCCCAAUUCCAAUGACUCAAUUCCAAUUAUCAAGCCCUCAGAGUGUGUCAGGUGAUUCAAUGGCGACGCGUGAACAGCGGAUCUCGGUCCCCGCUUCUCGCACAGGCAUUCUGCAAGAGGCUCGUCAUCGAGGAAACAAAAAGCCAAUGUUCAGUACAGUCCAGAUAAGAGACACAUCUCCAAAUCCUGCUUUGUUGUCCAUGGUCCAAAAUAUGGAUGAUCGUUUUACAAGAGCCUCAGUCAUCGAGUCAGGCGCUGGAGUUAAUAAUGAGGCUGGCCAUGAGUCAGGACCGGAGGAGGACUGGCUGAGGCUGGGUGCGGAGGCUUGUAACUUCAUGCAGGCUCAAAGGGGUCCCAAACCACCGCCUGUUGCCCCUAAACCACAAGCCCCUCAGCUGCCACAGUUGGCAGGAAAGGGAGGUCAGCUGUUUGCCCGCAGGCAGAGCAGGAUGGAUCGGUAUGUGGUGGAGCGAUCCCCCUCCGUUGCAGCUGCACCAUACUCCCCUGCCCAGACGAGGGAGCCCUCACCAACUCCUUCCCUUCCCGCUACCUGGAAGUACUCAUCCAACAUCCGUGCUCCUCCUCCCAUCAGCUAUAACCCCCUCCUCUCUCCAUCUUGUCCACCAAAAGCUCAGAAAAAGACAGAGAUGAUUAAGGAGCGAACAGCUGGACCCAAAGGGCACAAAGCGCCCACUAAGCCCGUGGACAUAAUGAACCACCAGCCAUACAAGCUGAACUCAUCUCUGUUCAGUUACGGAGGUGGAGCUUCCCAGAACAACUCCACAUAUCAGCAGCGGGCAGACUCAGUUGCUCCCCAGAAGACUGCUAGAGUUUAUGAGAUCAAGCGUUUCUCGACACCACCUCCUACAACCAAAGGGCCUGGCUUGAAAGUGAUCAUUCCUCGGUCAGCAACAACGCUUGGAGAACCAAUGUGGCGUUCUGACUUAGCUUCUCCGACAGCAAUGUUUGAAUCUGCCCCCAUCAGUUCAUCAUGCUCGUAUCCUGAGGCACCCAAUUCUGCUUACCAAUCUCAAUGGGCUACAUCCCUCUUAUCUCCGCCUCCACCACCUGCUCCAACAGCUCCACUACCUCAGCUCCCAAGUUUCACUUCACCAUCCAACAAUCAACAGCAGACCAACAAGCAGUUCAAGAGUGCUCCAAAUUUGAGUCCCCUCGGGCAGCCCAGUGUCCCACAGCAGGAUUUGAGCACGACGCAGCUUGCACGGGGUCCCAGGCCUAGAUUUAGUGCUUCCAACCUUGGUCUGCAGGCAAGUGUCUGGCGUCCUGGUUCUACAAUUCACUCCUAAGGGGCUUUUUUUAGUCUACCAUAAAGACCACAUUAUUUUUCAUUGGCAAAGUGCAAAUCCCUUAAAUAAAAUGAUACAAGUAUUGUUUCAGUUCACGAAACACAGUGAAUCGUGGCCCCAAGUACAGUAGGCCAGUAAUAUGAAUCCCACCCAUCCAACACUUCCAUUAAUUUUAGAUAUUCAUUCAGACUUUGCAGCAGCUCAUAGCGUCUCAUCAUGAUAUGAGUUUGCUAAUGCUGUAUCCAGAGGCAUAAGGAUAAUGCUCAGUGUCAUACAUGUUGUUUUUUUUUAUCUUAUUAUUAUUUUUGGGGAGGAGGCAGGGAGCACAACCUCCAAUGUAUUCACACUGGUUUUGGCUUGCACUUAGUAGUCACCAUAUUAUGUGAUUGGCAACUCGGUUGACAGUUGAGUGACGCACUGUUGAGUUGAGCCUAGUAUUUCCACUCAGUUGUUACCAAUUUUACUGUGUCUACGCUUCUGGACAAUUUUUAAAACAUGUUAUACCCCCUAUAUUGUAAACCUGAGUGAAAUGUUUGAUGCACAUUAGAUACAUAUAGAUUAGAUACAUGUUAUGGACGGCUUAUUUUCAUCAUGCAACACAUGAGUCUGAAGAAUGUUUGUCCAUAGACCUUUAAAAAGCAAUUACAUUUCAUGUUGAUCCCAGUGGCAAAAUCCACCAGGGAUAUGAAGUGUGUCUGUUCAUUUUGAGAGCAUUUUUUCCCCCUAUUGUAGUUCUCCUUAACAUGUUUUAGAUAAUAUCAGACAUUUGAUUGUCUGAUUAAAAGUCCACAUUAUCUGGUCUGAAAAGUUUUUCACCCAUAUUUAACUAGCAAAUAGGUUCAACAAUAUGUGGCAAAGAAUAAGGUCACUUGGCUACCUGAGCGACCAGGGGAUUGCAUUUUCCGUGACAGCACAGGCUUUUUCCAUGAUGACGUUUCAAGGAUUCAUCGGGCUGAAAUUGUGAAGGAGUGGAGCACGAGGUAUCAUUUUCACACAUGGAUGGCCACCAUGGACGUCAGCCUUAAUUCCAGUGAGAAUAUUUGAGAUGUGCUGGAGGGAGCUUUGUGCAAAAGCUUUGUUUAUAACAUGUUUAUGACAGCUUGGUUUGCUCAAGUAGGUCGAUAUCCUCAUGAAGCAGCCAAAAUACAUGAUGUUUGCAUAAGAAAUAUUCUAUUAUGCACAACUUUGUGAACCACAUGUUUUGACUUAUUGAACAGGCUUUGUUUUUUUCAUGCCAAAAAAACCCCAAAUAAAUAGUGGAAUGCAAGAGAAUGAAUUGAAAUGACAAAAGGCAAGCAAGGAGAGGUGUGAUGUUAGACUUCAAAAAGGCUUUGUAAAUAUUGUACUUGAUUGAAGAGGAGUUGAGUGCAAGACGUGAGAACGUGACAAAGACGGUAAAGAGAGAGAUCUAAGACAAGAAGGCAGGGCGACAACGGUUUUGAAUGAUGCUGGAUUCUAAUAAACAAAACCAAAAUAAUAUUUUUGAUUUAUGUUCACCUGCUUUGAGAGUGUUUUACUUUCAUUUCCAGUUGCUACUGAACCUUUAAAAUCCUAUUACCGCUCUGCUAAGU